CUCCGUUACUGAUUUUCUAUUUAGAUGUCGGUGGGAGGCAUUGGACGAGUUUGUGUGAGAUCAGAUAUUGAUGAGAAGACAACGACUAUGUUUACCCAACGAAGCUCUAGUAAAAGAGAAGGAGGAGGCACCAAAUCGAGGUUCACCGGAAAUUGCAGCACUUUCAGGCUGCCCAAAAGAUCAGAAUUGUCACCUAUGAAAUAUCUCAAACACGUUGGUCACAAGAUGGCGGCAGCUCUGCGAUUGGUGUCGAGGCGGAGGAGAGGGUCUCCAAAAGUUUCCUCCUCACAAAAGGCAAAGACAUGCGUUGCUCCAGUUGAUUCUCACAGGGCUGAAGCCAUAGAUGAUUGCAUUGAGUUCAUUAACUCAUCUUCUUCCUUGCAAAGAUCCAAUUCAGUUUCUUGUUAGAUUUUGUUGCAAUAAAUAUGAGAUGAAGUUCUUGUUCGAUCGGCAAAGUACGGUGCUAAAAAUUGUACUCCCUCCACCUUGUAUAUGUUCUUGGAUUAGAAUUCAGAAAUAACAGUCCCUUAAAUUUCUUAUUAUGCCAGUGAAAAAAGUCCACAGGUUGUG